AUGUCGACCAACCGCUACCCGGCCCUGCCGAGCCGCAUGUCGCUGAUCUCCUUCAAGACGCGGCUGCGCGGGGCGCAGAAGGGGCACUCGCUGCUGAAGAAGAAGGCCGACGCCCUCGCCAUCCGCUACCGCACGAUCAUGGGCGAGCUGCGCAACGCCAAGCUGGAAAUGGUGGAGCAAAUCAAGGGCUCCUACUUCACCGUCUCCAAGGCGCAGUUUAUAGCGGGCGACAUUGGGCUCGCAGUGCAGGAGUCGCUGAAGCUGCCGACGUAUGCGAUGCGGCUCCGCAUCGACAACAUCGCCGGGGUGCGGGUGCCGAGCUUCUCCGAGCGCGAGGGCGACGAGGGCGACUUCGGCGCGGAGGACGACACGCGGCGGCUGCGGCGGACGGGGACGGCCGGCAUCGGGCGCGGCGGGGAGCAGCUGAGGGAGGCGUCGGAGCGGUUUCACGACACACUGCGGCUCCUGGUGAAUAUUGCCUCGCUGCAGGUUAGCUGGGUGACGCUCGACAUCGCGCAGAAGGUCACCAACCGCCGCGUCAACGCGCUGGAGAAGGUGGUGAUCCCCCGCGUGCAGAACACGCUGGGCUACAUCACCUCCGAGUUGGACGAGCAGGAGCGGGAGGAGUUCUUUCGGCUCAAGAUGGUGCAGAAGAAGAAGCGGCAGCUGCAGGCAAGGAAGGCAGAGGAGGCGGCCCUCGCGCAGACGGAGCCCCGCACAGGCCCCGCUGCAGUCAAGAACGCACUCGCCAUGGCGAGCGUCGACGGCGACGCUGCCGCCGGGGUGGACGAGGCAGAUAUGGUCGUGUAG